UUUUUAUUUUUUGUCAUUUAUUCAAGCAGCUGGUUCUUGACCUGUCGAAAUGCCUCGGCGGUUUCGCGCUCUGAGAAGCGCAGUUCUGCGUCUUGAUUUGGUCCAAAUGUGCCGAAGUGCAUAGGCUAAUCAAAGAUGUGGAUAGGUCGCGUUCUGGAAUGCCAACAGGCGAAUUUACUUGCCAUGAGCCGCGGUUGAGAGAGAUCGGUGGACUCUUGAGAGCACGUCCGACCGCCGAUAAGGGAUAUGGUGUUAGCUAGCGCGUUGUCUCCGCAGGAGACGACGCAGUUCAUGCACAUGAUGGACUUGAUCGAUAAGAAGAAGUAUCAAAAAGCGCUCAAAAUAAAUGACUCGAUUUUGAAAAAAAACCCGAUGCAUGGAGAAACUAUCUGUGUAAAGGGCUUGAUCAAGCAUUUAACGAAUCACCAGGCGGAAGGGUACAAACUUGCCCGCCAGGGCUUGUACCUAAAUAUUGCUUCUAGUUUUGGGUGGUACAUUUUGGGUGUAUUGUACAGAGUUGAUAUGUGUUUCUAUAUGGCCUGCUUGUGCUUCAAGACGGGUCUAAGCCAUGAUCCUAACGAUGAACGGAUUCUUCGAGAAAUGGCGCCUGUUCAAGCUCACAUAAGGGACUAUUCAGGCUAUCUAAUUAUGAGGAAGAAGAUACUGGAGCAUCGCUGCGAUCUUCGAAAUAAUUGGUUCGGAAUGGCCGUGGCAGCCCACCUGUGCAAAGAGUAUGAACUCGCCCUAAGCGUGUUGACGAGCGUACAUGAUGCCUGUUUCCGGAACGAAGAUUCUCUCAAAAAAUGGGAUACCAGCCACGAAUUAUCUGAGCUACUGCUGUACCAAGCUUUUAUACUUCUAGACUCUGGUCAAUAUACCUCUGUGCUGAAAUUUCUAAAUUCAAUGGGAGAUAGCAUAGUAGACCGAGUGCUGUACAGAGAAUACUUGGCGGAGGCAUUGAUUCAAGUCGGCAACUUAGAACAAGCGAAAAAACAAUAUCGAGAACUGCUAAGCAUGAAUCCAGAAAACUCAACAUAUCACUUUCAAUAUCAGAAGGCUCACGAGAUCGACGGUCUGAGUAACCCCAACUGCUCUCUGUCCGACGAGCAACGCGAGACCCUGGGGAAAAUAUACGAAGAUUUACUCGACGAACAUCCAAAAUCGGAUAUGAUUCGCUUGAUGCCAAUCUUCUAUUGGUUGGAAAAAGAAAAAGUCCUUCAACCUCUUCUAAGAUAUAUGCAAGAAAAAUUCAGAAAGGGCGUUCCUUCUCUCUGGAGAAUCUUACAGCCUCUGUAUUCCCGUCCAGAGUACGGCGAAAUCCUAGAGGACGCGGCCCUGCUAUUCCAACGCAGCCUUCAAUCAAAUGGCACCUGGCCCAACCUUGACGACCCUGGUGCUGAUUCGGGCGAAAAGGCACCCCCUGAAGCGAUCAUAUGGGUCUAUUUUUUCUUAUCACAUCACUACCUCGAAAAGUACGACUACGACCAAUCACUGUCUUAUAUCAACCGGGCCAUCGAACAAAGCCCGAACCUCAUUGAGCUCUACCUCCUAAAGGCCAAAAUACUCAAGAAACUCACAGACUAUUCAAAGGCCGCAGAACUCGUCGAACAGGCACGCCUCUUGGAUUUGUCCGAUCGCUUUUUAAACAAUAAAUCCGUUAAAUACUGGCUACGUGCGGACAAAGUCGAUGAGGCGAUCAAGAGAGUGAAUUUGUUUUCCAAGACGGACACUUCUACCUAUAAUAACGUUUAUAGCAUGCAGUUCAUGUGGUUUGAAAUACACCUAGCAGAGAGUUACUAUCGCCAGGGUGACUUGGCCAAGGCGCUCAAAAAUUUUACGGCAGUGAGCGAACACUUUCAAGAGAUCAAAGAUCAAUAUUACGACUUUCACAACUAUUGCCUGCGAAGCAUGGCCAUGAGCUCCUAUAUUGAGGUGCUUCGGUUCGGGGAACGCGCCUACGGUCAAAGGCCGUUCCGUCGUGCUGCAAAAGGCGCCAUCCUCUGUUACUUGAAACUGGAAGAACAACGUAACUCAAACACCGCCGAAGCACAAGAAAUUCCUCCAUCCAGCGCGCCUACGAAUGGAGGUGGCUCUCUCCCAUCCAAAUCGAUGAAAAAACCGAAGUCUUGGAAUGGAAAGUACGAUCACGAUCCGCAUGGACUUUUGCUGGCCAAAACCUCUAAACCCUUAGAAGACGCCACCAACUACGCUCGUCUUCUCUCAAAAUACCCUGGAGAAGACGUCGAAAGUUACCUACUGUCCUACGAAGUCUACAUCAGGCGAAACAGGCCUCUACUUGCACUGAAAUCUUUAAAACUCGCCAUCAAAAUCGCAACCUGUCAAAACCAUCAAGUCCAUCUAAAAAUUUGUCACUUCCUUUACUGGUGGGUAGAUCAUAGACAUCCUGUAGAAACCGUGUCUUCCACCAUCGACGCUAUCCUUCAAACACUGGGAAUCACACAUCUCUCCAAUCCAAAGUUAUACAAUGAAUCUUGGCUUGAACUUGUUUCCGACAACUUCGAGAACCGACUAGCAGUUGCUGAAGUCCUCUUGGUCUACGGAGAUCCAGACGCCCGACCGAAGGCGCUUAAACUGGUUAUGGGGCUCGAUCAGAAUCACAAGUGCUCUCUAGAUUCUUUCUUUUGGGCGACGCGUUUGAUCCGGACUUAUUUCGAUAAGGCGGCGCUGGAUAGCUUCAAUGUGAUUGCCAUUUCUAAAUUCCCUCAUGUGUCACAUUUUCUAAAUCCAUCUGACUCUUCCAUAUGAAUAAAAAAAUCAGUUAAAAAAAAAG